CCCUGUAUGACAGAACUAAACUGGAAGAUUUAUGUUUCAAUUCGUAUUUAUGUGAAUUUGGAAACAAUCUGAAAACCUAAUUAUAUUUAAUUUCAACAGGUGAUUUGAACAUACGAAGAUUUCCCGACAUCGAAAAAAUGAAAAAUUCUACUUUUGAGAAAAUCUUCGUUACCGUUGGCACAACACAAUUUGAGGAACUAAUUGAAAAGGUUACUGAGAGCGGUGUAGUAAAUGAGCUUCGUCGAAUGGGUUGUCGAAAAUUGAGUCUACAGAUAGGACGUGGCAAGGACCCUGUCAUUGCGAAAGAAGUGUUUGGGAGUGAUAUAGACGUGAAAUUCUUUGAUCUCAAAACCAACAUAGAGGAAGAUAUUCAACAGGCGGAUUUGGUAAUCAGUCAUGCAGGUGCAGGCAGUUGCAUAGAAAUAUUAGGAGCUGAGAAGCCACUUGUCGUUGUGGUGAACGAACGAUUGAUGGACAACCACCAAGCAGAACUUGCGGAACAAUUAUUUAAAGAAGGUUAUCUUCUAUAUUGUACCCCAUCUACGUUAAGCCAAACAUUGGCCGAAAGUGAUUUUAACCAACUGAAAAAGUUCCCCCCUGGAUCAGUGGCAGAUUUCAUCAGCUAUUUGGAUGCAUUUAUGGGCUUCUAGCGAAACUGCAAUUAUUUAGGAAAAAUAUCAAAUGAGUGUUACAUUGGUUCACGAGAAAUAGAAAAUAAUCUGUGUAUGAAGUGAUUUUAUGUCUUUCGAAUAUUAUGUAUCGUUUGAGUGCAUUUGAAAAUAUAUUAUUUUUGGUAAAGAA